UAUAAUGCCCCCUUUUCACCUUAAACAAAAGAGGGGCGCCGCCUCCACCACCGUCGUAACAUUUCCUCCGCUAGCCUCUCCUAAAAACUAUCAGUCUCUUAUCAAUGGCUUGUACAAGGAAAGAUGUUGAUAGGAUUAAAGGUCCAUGGAGUCCAGAAGAAGAUGAGGCUUUAAAGCGUCUGGUUCAAACCUACGGUUCCAGGAACUGGUCUUUGGUAAGUAAAUCGAUACCGGGUCGAUCCGGAAAGUCUUGUAGGCUACGGUGGUGCAACCAGCUUUCCCCUGAGGUUGAACACCGACCCUUCACUCCCGAGGAAGACGAUACCAUAGUCCGAGCCCAUACUCGAUUCGGUAACAAAUGGGCUACCAUCGCUCGACUCCUUAAUGGUCGAACCGAUAACGCGAUUAAGAACCACUGGAACUCUACGCUCAAGCGAAAAUGCUCUUCGAUGACCGAUGAUUUGAACGACGAUUCACCUCAGCCGCUUAAAAGGUCAGCCAGUCUCAAUACUGGUAAUGGCGGAUCGGGUCUCUACUUGAACCCGAGUAGUCCUUCAGGAUCCGAUUUGAGUGAUUCGAGUUUGCCCGUUGCCUCACCGAUAACAAUAACGGGGUCUUUGGUGCCUUCAACUCAAACGGCAUCCUCGGCUACUGAUCCUCCUACUUUACUCACCCUCUCGUUACCCGGAUCGGAUACUAGUGAAACCACUGACUUAGGACCCGUAUCCCAACCCGGAUCCAACUCUUUCCCAAGUUCUACCUUGGUGGCAGAACCAGCAACUGUUCCGGCUCUGAAAUUGCAUAUGGAGAAGCAGUUUUUGAACGCUGAGUUAUUGGCAGUGAUGCAAGAGAUGAUAAGAAAAGAAGUACGGAAGUACAUGAGUGGGAGUGAAUCCAAUGGGCUUUGUUUUCGAACGGAGGCCAUUAGAAACGCCGUCGUUAAGCGUAUCGGGAUUAGUAAGAUCGAGUGAACAACAAAAAUCAGCAGGAAAAGAAGUGUUUAGCAUCCGUUUCUUAGCAUUUUAGUUUUUACCGUUCGUUUAGGUAUGUUUAGAGAUAAUAAUUUUGUUAGUGUACAGAGGGAUAAAUGUGGGGAAAUCAAGAACCCUAAAAUUGGAAAUUAAGGGAAAAGAAGAAAGGAAAAACUCUUUUUGUUUUGGAUCA